CCUAAACAAGUUGGUUGCAUGCGCCAUGAACUCAGAGAAAGAAGGCGCGUGCUUUGGGUUGUAUAUAAACAGUAAACGCCGUGUGCCUCCCGGCUUGCUUACAUGAUCUGCAUCCUCUCUAACUUUGAAAAUGAUGCCAGCUGGAUUUAGCUUCUUCGGCAGCUGGUUUCUGCACUUUUUCAUCAGCGUCAAUCACCCAGCGUCAGGUAAGCCUCUACAGACCGGCUCAUAUUGGCGAAUAUCUGCAGUUCUCGGCAAAGAUGUCAUUCUCCCGUGUCACCUCACCACGUCUGUCGACCCCUCUCGUUUCCUGGCGGUGGAGUGGUCCCGGGUAGAUGGUGUGUCCCCACUUACGGUUCAUGUUCUCCGCAACGGCAAAGAGCUUGUGAAGGAGAAGGCGCCAGAGUACCUCGGGAGAACGGACAUAAUGGAGGACGGUUCCCUGAAGUUGCUCGGUGUCAAACGGUGGGACAACGGCACCUACAGGUGUGUCCUUCUGCGAGGAUCGUCUGUGGAGGACAUAUUUGUCUCGCUCACCGUUGCUGAGGUGGCCGAGGUGAAAAUAUCUGUCCGUCGCACUUCAGCCAACGAGCUGUUUGUCGUCUGUGAGUCCAGCGGCUGGAGCCCCGAGCCGGUGGUUUCUCUGCUGGACGCCGGCGGAAGCGUCCUGGCUGCUCAGACGGAGUCAUCAGUCCGACCAGAUGACCUCCACUCCGUCAGGGCGCUCGUUAAUGUGGCAGCAGCUAAAGCACUAACAGGAAAUGGUACCGUGAUCUGUAGAGUGGAACUACCUGAAAUGAGCCUGGCAAACGAGAACAAGAUUUAUAUCACAGAUGAGUUCGAUCCCUUCGAGCCAGGACUUGGUUGUAAUUUCGUGAUGGUCUUCGCCAUCGUGCUGGUUGCCGUCGUCACAGCUGUCAUGCUCUUUGCGUUUCCUGUAUGGAUGAUCGAGAAGCUGCGAUCUUCACUGCGUUCUUCGCUGCGGCGUCUGACAGUGUUCAGCUUCGAUCUGGUCACUCAGCAGAGAGAGGGAGAACCAGAUGAACGGCUUCUUGGAGAGACAUACACAGAGUACGGCGACAUCACCAGGGUGGAAACAACGGGAGCUUCUGAAGAGACGGCGAGCGCAAACCAGCUGCUCAGCAGAGGUAUUGAAGCCUCCCACCAGCUGGCAGAGAGUGACCUGAAUGAGAUGAACAACUACAAAGAGGACAUCAGCAGCGUGGGAAAAAUGCUUAGCGUCCACCCGGCCCUGAUCGCCGGCUUAAUCUCCAGACAGUCUCGGGCUGGAACCAAACUGAGCGCCAACGGCUAUGGACAGUUCGACCAAAACUGCUUCGGCCUCAUGCAGAUCAAUAAGCAUUACCACGCGGUGAAAGGAAACCCGUUCAGCAGAGAGCACCUGGACCAGGGAGUCACCUUCUUCAUCCAGCUCAUCAAGACCAUGAAGAGGACGAAGCGGGACUGGAGCAAAGAGCAGCAGCUGAAAGGUGCGUUGGCGUGCUACAUCGUAGGUGAGGAGAGCGUCAUCCCUUUGACGUACGAGGAGGUGGACAGAGUGACACCUCAAGGGGACUUCGCCAAUGACGUGGUCGCCAGAGCGCAGUGGUUCGCCCACAACGGCUUCUAGAUGUUUCUAAAUAAUUUUCCCUUUCCUCCUAUUCUUGUAUGUAAGGACAGUUUCGGUUAUCAGCUCGUCUUCCUUACGUUCAUGAACCUCCAACACAUUCUCACUUCCAACUUUUCACAUACUUGUUGAAGACCCCUUGGCGUCGUUUUUGAAUAUGUAGGACUCCGGUUCAAGUGGACAAUAAUAAAUGUCCAAUGUUCGGUUAGACUUUCAAAAAAUAGUGUGUGAGUGGUUAACGUUGUGAAACGUUUGUUUAGGUUUAGGAAAAGAUCAUGGUUUGGGUUAAAAUGACAACAUUACGUAACGUAGCUAAAAACAUUUAAUGACUUUUAGUUUCAAAGCAGGAAAGAAACACCGGGCUCCUGGUCAAAGUCCGGCGUUCACCCCCAUCCGUCUACCACAACCACGUCUUUAAUCUGACUUUUGCGUUAAUAUCCUACACCUACGUUUACACCAUAAAUUACACUACAGGGCUUCACUCACUACGUUUAACUAUGACUCUCAGGGGCUCCCCAGUGUGUUACAAACUGAUGCCAACGAGUCUUCGCCAUGCGUCCAGAUGUGACGACUUGGGAGUGAGAACCGGUUGGAACCUCCUAAGUGUCACUUAUUUACUGUGAAGGAGUUUUCACACAAGUCCGCGAUGCCUUUAUCACAAGAUCAGACUGUCCACCUGAACUACUCAGUCUGAGAUCAGCUGAACUGUGGCGUGUGGCGAGCGCCAGAAUGACUGCCAAGCUUGUUUACUGGCUGCAUUUACUCAAACGCACCACCGAUCAGAAGGAGACAUCCAAAAACUUUGUCUUUGCAUUAGUUUACAGUUUUAGAAAAACAGUAUUUAGCUAUUUAAAAGCCAGAAAGUAUUCAUUUUAGUUGGUAGUGUUGCACUGGAGUGUUUAUCUCAAAGAUGGACUGAUAUUUAUCACUUAGUCAAACAAAACUCAUAAAACUAUUUAAGUUAAGCUUUAAAUGUCCUCCGUUACUAUUUCUACUUUAAACUAGUAAGAAUGGACAGUAUUUAAAACGGGGUUGCAACUUCUUUUCAUUAUUUAUUAAUCUGCCCUCUUGUUUUCUCGAUGAAUUGAUUUACAUUUUGGUUUGUAAAAUGCAAACAUAACGUCCUUAAGUCCAAGCUGACGUCUUGAGAUGUCUUGUUUUGUCUGACCAACAAAGAGAUUCAGUGUGGGAAUUAAAACAGAGAAAAUCAGAAACAACGUUCUGUUAAUUGAUUAGAUAUUCGACCCAAAUUUUAUGAACUAGUUUGAUAAUCGAUUUGUCUUUGGUCAUUUUUUAUAAUUGAAGAAAUUCAGCUUUUCAGAGGAGAAUAUUUGCUGGUGAACUUUGUGUUUUGUUCUGUCAGAUGGACAAAAGAAACAUUUUUAACAGUUUAAACUGUGACCUUGUUGUUGACUGACAUUUUAAAAACCAAGCCACUCAUUAAGAAACUAAUUGGCAGAUUAAUUGAUAAUGAAAAUAACCGUUAAUUGAAGCCCCAGACUGAACACACCUUACGUUAUCAGCCUCGUUGUUUAGUUGUUGAUCAGCUUGUUUCAAAUGCAGAAGAUUUAUUUUAGCUCCAGUUUAACUAUGAUGACUUUGUUUCCAGAGAAAUACAUUUAUUGAAUAUUAUGUUACAUUUCAGUGUGUUGUGUUAUGAAAAAGUUUUACGUGUGAACAUGUUCAUGGUCAGUAGCAGAUGAAGGAUGAAUUAUUCUCUGUUUUAAUUGUUUUAUCUAUGUUGUUACAGUAACUCCACCUACUGCAGGUUAAAUUUAUCUCGUUGACGGAUAAAAACCGUCCACCACAGAAUUAUCUGAUUUCUGUUUUUAAAGUUAAUCUACAACAACAACAAAAAAAGUUCUCAAAAAUAAAACAUAUAACUUACAAACAAA